GGAGCAAAACAAGUGUGUUUUACACGAGCUGUGCUGCUGCAGUCGUCGUGGAAUCCAGUUUACCGAAAUGGCGGAGACAGCAGACAGAAUGGAGGUGUCCCAGGGAGAGAGUUCAGCAAAACCUGCAGCAGAAGACAUGACCUCCAAAGACUACUACUUUGAUUCCUAUGCACACUUUGGUAUUCAUGAGGAGAUGCUAAAGGAUGAAGUUCGUACUCUGACGUACAGAAACUCCAUGUUCCACAACAAGCAUCUCUUCAAGGAUAAGGUGGUGCUGGAUGUGGGAAGUGGAACUGGCAUCCUUUGUAUGUUUGCAGCCAAAGCUGGAGCCAAGAAAGUUAUUGGGAUUGAGUGCAGCAGUAUAUCAGACUAUGCUGUGAAGAUUGUGAAGGCCAACAAGUUGGAUCAUAUCGUUACCAUCAUUAAAGGCAAAGUGGAAGAGGUUGAGCUUCCCGUGGAAAAUGUAGACAUAAUCAUCUCUGAGUGGAUGGGCUACUGUCUCUUCUACGAAUCCAUGCUUAACACUGUCAUUUAUGCAAGAGACAAAUGGCUGAAACCUGAUGGCCUGAUUUUCCCUGACAGAGCCACGCUCUAUGUCACUGCUAUUGAGGACCGACAGUACAAGGACUACAAAAUUCACUGGUGGGAGAAUGUUUAUGGCUUUGAUAUGUCCUGUAUCAAGGAAGUGGCCAUUAAGGAGCCACUAGUGGAUGUUGUUGACCCCAAACAGCUCGUUAGUACUGCCUGCCUCAUUAAGGAGGUGGACAUCUACACAGUGAAGAUUGAGGACCUGUCCUUCACGUCACCUUUCUGCCUGCAGGUGAAAAGGAACGACUACAUUCAUGCGCUGGUAACCUACUUUAACAUAGAGUUCACUCGCUGCCACAAGAGGACAGGCUUCUCUACUAGCCCAGAGUCUCCUUACACUCAUUGGAAGCAGACUGUGUUCUACCUUGAUGACUAUCUGACGGUUAAGACCGGAGAGGAGAUCUUUGGCACCAUCAACAUGAAACCCAACGUCAAGAAUAAUAGAGACCUGGACUUUACCGUUGACCUUGACUUCAAGGGUCAGCUUUGUGAGGUGUCCAAGACUUCAGAGUACAGGAUGCGCUAGAUUUCUUUAGCAUCAGUGUAUGUGAGGCAACUCUGAGAGCAGUGCACACUUGUGUGUUUAAAACCAUGUACAUUGUUCCAUGACCGUGCAUGACAGACAUUUUUAGAGAUUCUGUUUUACAGAAUAUUGUCUGACAUAAAGGAUUUGGAAAGUUGUUACUUUUUUUUUUUGUUUGUUUUUUUUUCCUUCUCUUUAAAAUGCGCCCAAGGGGACUAAACAUGGUGUAUUUAUAUUGUGCUUUAUUCCAUCUUGUGUGCAAAAUUAUUUUUUGGCCCUGCUUUUUCCAAAUUUUAGGUGUACCAUCUUGGAUAAAAUCUCUUGGGCUUAUGCAUGUACAUGUGCAACUGCUCUCUUUUGCCUGUUUGUCUGUCUAUGACAACAUGUCAUCCAUGUAUAUUUUUUCCUCCUGCCCAUGCCAACAUGUCUGUGUUGGUCACUGUAAAAAAUGCAAAUCAGCCAUAUGUUUUGAUAUUCCAUCUGGUAAAGACGGCAUCUUCCAUGUAGGUAAAAUGUCAUGUUUCACUGUGGACAGGAGUUCUGCCCAGUAGUUUGCUGAAUGAGCCCAUAUCAUUUUGUGUUUGUUCUGUACUUGGAGGCAGUUGUUUUGGACCAUCAGUGGUGGGUGCCUCCAUUAUGCGCCAUUUGUCUUCUGUGGAGUAACUUUUAAUUAAUGUAGUGCUCCUAUGUCCUCAUCGGUUAGCUUUGUUUUGUUUUAUUUUUACUUGUUACAAUGACUCAAUCGGAGGAUAUUAUCGUGUUAUGGAUGAGACAGCAUGGUAAUCUCUUGUGCAACUCAUAGGUGGUGUUAAUGAGCACUAUUUUAGAUCUGUUGAUCUUUUUAAUGUCAUAUAGGAAGAAUCUUCACCCGGUGACUGACAGUUUAGUUUAAGCUUAUCUGCUGCUCUUUUGCACUGUAAGCACUUAAAAC